CGUUGAGCAACACUGAGUUAAGGUAAGUUUUAGAAACGCCAAACUGCACCCAAUUCAUGUAAGGUUUACUAACUACACCGAGGUCACCUACGUUUUCAUAACGUUGUCGUAAAAUUUCUUCUUACCCCAAAGAAUCCCCGACCUGCGUUUUUGUUUACUUAAAUUUCUGUGGUUGCAAGCGAAUCAAACUGUUUCCCUUUCAACUCUUUCGACACAGACUAUGCUGGUGUUUUGUGCCGGCUUUCGACUUCGCUUCACUUGAAUGCACGCGUGAAGCUAUUCUCUAACUCUCUGCUUUUUUUGUUUAAUUUAUCCAGUUAUUAAGACCAAAAUACUGUGGAUUGGGGGUAGGAACACGUAGAAAGUAUUGCAAGGGUAUACGCAGUUUGAUUCGCUUGCAGUCGCAUCUGUCCAUAAUGUAAACAAAAACGUCAACAAUUCAGUAACUUCACGGUGUGAGGAAGUGGGACGACAACGGUAGACUAGUUAAUUAGUUUAAAGUUACAGUUUGUUAGCACAUUGUUGGCUGUUGGCUAGCUGCCGUGACUGUAAUUGAUCCCUUGUCGAUUGGUCAGCUAACUUGUCAGCUAAAAUAACACAUUAACCAUAUAACGUUAACUUGUACUAAGUCCAGUUGAUGGCUUGCUAGUUCGUUGCUUGAUGUUUUUUUCAAAUGGAAAGUUAUCUAGCGCGCCUCGCAGGUAGCUAGGUACGUUGAUAAAUGAGUCAAAUAUAAUAUAGCUAAUAUAGGCAAACGUGUUAGUCUAGUUGCUAACAUUACCUGACGUUUUUAAUGCAGUAAGCCGGUUAGAAAUUCGCUCGUUUUCAAGUAGGCGUACAUUAGCAUUAGUCCGGUUACUGUUUUCGAGUUGACACGUUCAUAUGAAUAACUUAUUUUCACUUGCAAGGUAGCUAAAUUAACUAGCUAAAUGAUUGGCAUAUCCCAUUUACUUUUAAAAUUUGCUACUACUAUCUGUCUCACGAUUAAGUUGCUCUUUCUAAUGAUUUUUUAUUUAAAUUAAGUGAUGGAUUGGUGACGCCUGGCUAACGCUCAUUUGAAGGAUUACCGUAAGCACUGAGCAGUGAAGAUAUCAACCAGGCGUGAGCUUAGGUGCUACCGUUAGAGAAGUCUGUAGGAGUAGGACAGUCUUAUUUAUUAGUGAGCUAGCUAACCUAACGAACUAGGCUUAGAAAACAACCCUGCAUCGUAUCUCUUACAAAGCUUUUCACGAUAUGUUGCCUCAACUUUAACUGUCGGACUCUUUUGGUCGUUCAUACGAAUAUCUGUCUUAUAGUAGUUUUUAUUAUGUCUUCACUUUUUCCUAGUUUUGCUUCACUGCUUUGAAAUAAUCAAGGCCAGAUUUUCCAGAUAUAUUCUCAAAUUCUCAACCUGUUUUUUGAAUAGCUUUCUCUUUUCCAACAUGGCUCUUUCAGAUUUGCUGAUGAUGCAGAUAUAGGAUGGUAGCCUGCUAUGCGUUUUGGCCACUGGUCCACUAUUGAGGCUGUGUAACGGCUUUACCGCUUUUGUAAAUGAACGUAUGGCCAAAAACAAAGUUGUGAAGGCAACUGAAGAAACCCAAGUUGUCACAUGGUGCCAUUAAGCAAAAGUUAAGAAGUUGUGAGUCACAUUAGCAUUUUUUUUAGGUUCAUCAUAUCUUUGCUUCCUCUUCUGUGGGUGCUUAAUGUAGGCUAAUGUAAAUUUGGACUGUAUUGUGGUCCACAGCAGUUCAUUCUACCCCAGCAUUUAUCACACCACAAAUUAUUUCCUUUUGUCAAAAUAUGUAGACCUCAAAAUAUACAUGUUCAUUAUCCUAGAGAGUGACAAGAGCAAUAUAUAUUUUCUGUGUAGUUAAGAACAUUGUUUUUUUUACUGGUAAUUUUUCCCUCUGCUUAAUUUUGCCAGUAUUUUCCUGACACUCCACAGAUUUAUUUAGAGAUGAACACCAACCAAUUACUUCAAAGAAUAUUGGAAUUUCCUUGCCAGAGCAGAAAAACAGUAUAUCACUGAUUAACAGAACUUGUUCAAUGAUUUUGUGUGGACUGCAGAAUUAGUGUUUGUUCUUGUGUUCUGCAUCACAGGCAGUGGCUGUGACAUGAAUGUCAAUGUUGUGCUGUAUAUUUCACGCAGUUUAGCCGACAGUAUGUGCGCCUAGCAUCGACUAAUUUUAGGGAUUAAACUGAAUACUCACACAGCUUUAUGCUACUCAUUCAAUGAGAAGCACUUGUCCAUUUUGGAGUUGGAGAAACCGUCUAAAUACCAGGCAGACUCACUCCACUAGCAGAUUUUGCUUUUUCCCUUUUCAUGGGAAUGUGAUUAGAGUUCUGUGGUAACAUGUAGGUCAGUAGUAAAUAAGGGCUUAUGUUUUGUGUUAGCGGACGGUGCACUCCCCCAAAUCGAAUUUGAGGAUCACAGUAGGCACUUUGUUAGCUACAAUGCUCCUGUUAUGCAUUUCUUUACUGACCAUGGCCUCAGCUGUAUGUGAACAGUGGCCUUUGGGGUGGCUUGCUUUCCUGGUCUGUUUUCGUCAUUACUGCUUCAAAGGCGAAGAUGAGGAAGAGGCAGGAACUGAGGCAGGCCUGUGUAUCUUGGACAUGCUCAGAAUGGUCAUGGAGUGCCUCGUGACCCAUCGGCCGUUUUGACUGCUGGGGUCUUGUUUGGUGUUCGGGAUGCCGAUGGGAAUGAACGCGGAUGUUCCUUAUGAGAAGCUGGCUUCCAUGAAGAUGCUGGAGGAGGAGACGCAGCAUCACUACAAAACACAGAAGCUCUACUGGUUUGUCUUGCUGGUGUCUGCCCUGCUACUGGCUGUGCUGGUCCUCCAGGCCCUGCUGGUGCCCCUCCCUGUACACAUUCAUGGCCAGAGCUGCUCUGACCCCUGCAGACUCGUCUUGGUGGAGAGCAUUCCGGAAGGGCUCAGUUUCAACUCCAGCACAACCAACCCAUCCAUCUACCAGACGUGGCUCGACCUGAUUGGCGAGGCCCGGAGCAGCCUCGACAUUGCCUCUUUCUAUUGGACGCUCACCAACAAAGACACAGGGACCCAAGAGCAAACAGCCAAUCAGGGUGAGCACGUCCUGGCGGAGCUCGCCCGUUUGUCCCAGGAGAGCGGCGUGUCCGUGCGCGUCGCCGUCAGCAUGCCACAGGAGUCACAGCCCCAGGAAGACCUCGUCGUUUUACAGAACGCAGGUGCUGACGUGCGGAAAGUGAACAUGCGGGAGCUGACCACUGGCGUGCUGCACACUAAGUUCUGGGUGGUGGACCGGAAGCACAUCUACAUCGGCAGCGCCAACAUGGACUGGCGGUCCCUGACCCAGGUGAAGGAGCUGGGGGCGGUGGUGUACAACUGCAGCUGUUUGGCAGAAGACCUGGGGAAGAUCUUCCAAGCCUACUGGUACCUGGGAGAGGCCGGGAAGACCAUUCCCUCCCAUUGGCCGUCCAAUUACUCCACCCCUUACAAUAAGGACACACCCAUGGAGCUGUCACUCAAUGGAACCCCAUCGAGCACGUACCUAUCAAGCUCUCCCCCAGGCCUGUGUGCUGACGGCAGGACCGAGGACCUGGACGCCAUCCUCAGCGUGAUCGAGGAUGCCCAGCAGUUUGUGUACAUCGCCGUCAUGAACUACCUGCCCACCAUGGAGUUCUCGCACCCCAAAAGGUACUGGUCGGACAUCGACACGCAGCUGCGGCGCGUGGCGUACGAGCGACGCGUGCGGGUCAGGCUGCUCAUCAGCUGCUGGGCCAGCACCCAGCCCGUCAUGUUCCCCUUCCUGCGCUCCCUGGCAUCCGUCAACGACCCCAAAAGCAGGCUGGACAUCCAGGUGAAGCUGUUCGUCGUCCCCGCCAGCCCUCACCAGAAAGAGAUCCCCUACGCCAGGGUCAACCAUAACAAGUACAUGGUCACAGACAAGGUGGCUUACAUAGGAACCUCAAACUGGUCCGGUGACUACUUCCUGCACACGGCCGGGUCUGCGCUGGUGGUGAACCAGACUGCGGCCCAGUCCACGGGGCCCAGCGUCCAGGAACAGCUCCAGGCCGUGUUCGAGAGGGACUGGGACUCCUCCUACAGCUCCCCCCUCAGCCAGCACACCAACCGCCGCACCCUGUGUUAGACUGGCUCCACGCUGCCGUUCCUCCUCACUGCCAGCAGGGGGAGACAUUCUGCAGGCAAGCGGAAGGACUUCCUCUCCAGUGUCUGUCUUCUUCACUGAUGCCUCAAGCAAAUACCCGGAGCACACUAGUAUUGCCAAUCCAUGGAGCGGGCUUUCAUUCCUGCUAAGGUUUAGCCAGCACAGCCAUCAAGAAGGCUAACACUGAUUUUAAAUGGUUUACGCUGUAUAUAUCAAGGUUUCAAAUAUAGAUGUACUUUUUAGUAGCCAGGCACUCCUAAUUGGAUGCUUUCAUAUAAUGUUUUUUAGGUAUCGAGUACACAAAACUACUUCCUUAGUUGUUUUAUAGAUUUCAUCCACCAGGCUGCAGUUACUUGGACUGCAACCUGGUGGAUUUUUUUAACAGCUGAAAACAUACAAGUCAAUGCAACGAGAAAGAAAAUGCAACUAGAAAAUGCAACAACAAAGAAAAGUCCCCAGUAAAAAUAUUCAAAAUAUUCAUAUUAAUAAAAAUAUUUUAUAAAUAAAAUAAAAAAUGCUCUGAAGAAGGUCAUUUUGACCGAAAGCUGAGCUAAUUAAACUAGAUUUGCAGUAUACUCGGUGUGCCAAGUUCUUCUUUUAUUAAUCGAUUUUUGUUCUUGUAACUGAGCCAUAAUUGGGCUGAAUGUGCGGAAAUAGUCUUUUCACUAUUUACAUAUUUUAUAAAUUGCAAACACACAUGUCCUAGGUCAUGUUAUGAUUACGAGGUCCCUUGAGAAAGAAACUUGUCUUUGAGCGCGAUCUGGCAAAGACAGCAAUAUAAUACAACAUAAGAUUUCCAUGUUAAAAGCAAACGCACUACAGUAUUUUAAUACAAAGUACCUGCACCGUGUCCGUGUCAAGAAACACAGUGUCCUACAACAUAGCGUAUUUGCAAUCUUGAAAAUGUUUUACGAGCAUGGGAUUUAAAGUGGGAUUAUUUCCCAUCCAAAGUGAAUCCUCGAAAAUGGCCUUUUUAAAUAUUUGUGAGUGACCUCGGGGCAUUUAAAAAAGUCACUUUGGUGAAGCGCGGCUGAUAACUGCUCCGUAGUGAGAGGGAGGCAGGACGUGACCCAGUAUUGAUUCUGAACUAAAAUACGCCCAUGCAGCCCCGUCUCGCAGGUGGAGGCUAUGUGUGUGUAUAUAACAUCGCCAUAGUGGAUGACUUCCUUCAGUUCUUUUUUUAAGACGUGGUGCUCUAGGAAAUAAUGAAUCUCAGGGAGAAAUGUAACUUUUCUAUUCAAGGCUGGACUUUUUAAAUGUAGCGAUUAAGAAACGAAUGUGAUUGUGUUUGCCUUGUCAGGAGGACCUUCACUUUUAAUUGAGCAUUUGGUUUAAAUUUUUGUUUUAUUCUGCUAGUGUUUUCACUUUAUCUUUCUUACUAUGACUCUCUAUGGUAGCUGAUUUGAAUGAACCUCACGAUGAUUUCAUACGUACAGGAAAUGGUCUGGGUAGCCUUUGAUGGGUAAAAUUUUGCUGUACUUGUAAACAAAACCAUUUAUAUAGGCCUACCUCUGAACUUUGGAGCAUUGAGUACAAAGAGCUGAAAGCAAUAUGAAAUAAUUGAACAACGGUCUGGAGGGACAACCCCCAGAAAGUGUACAUCGUUGCAGUUUAAAUAAAAGCACUUUAAUAUUA